UUGCAUGAAGAAAAUAAAGAACAAAUUUUACCUUGUAAUACUAAUGACGUCAAUCUUAAUAAUAAGUCAGAAAAACAAUAAUGAAAGGUUAAUUCUUCAUUAAUAUCUACAUAAUAUAAUAGUAGGAAUCUUCUAGCCUUUUAGGGAAACGAGCAGACUGAUCACCCGAUGGUAAACAACUAGUGCUGCACUACUAGACUUAACUAGGAGCUACAAUUUGAGUU